AUAAUCCUCGAGUCUCGUAAUCUGUAUAUAUUCCACUUGCACAAGCAAGUGAAUCGCAUGUGUUUCUAAACUGUCGCCGGUAAAUGCCGAUGGAGCUUCCGGGAAAACACUUCGCCUAGAAAAAAGCAAGUCUAGGAUUCUUGAUUCCGCGCCUCUAGCUAUCGCAGCAAAACCUUCUCUUGAUCCUUAGAACCACCACCUCCGCCGUACACUCUUUUGCAUAUUAUCUGCGAAAGCAUACCGGCUGCUGAAUUGUCAAGAUGUUGGCAGUUCGUACUUUCGCCCCUGCGCGCCGACAGUGUCUGCGGACAGCCGCACGAGCCUGGGCUCCCACUUCAGUCCAAUCUCGACGCCAAUAUGCGACCGAUUUCUCAGAAAAGGACAAAGUUGCCAAGUUUCACGGGCAAAAGGGUUCGGAUGGACUCUAUACUGUCAGUUUGAUCGAGGGUGAUGGUAUUGGACCGGAAAUCUCUCAAUCCGUGAAGGACAUCUUUGCGGCAGCCCAGGCGCCAAUUAAGUGGGAACCAGUUGAUGUUACUCCUACGUUGAAGGACGGCAAGACUACCAUUCCUUCAGAAACAAUCGAAAGCAUUCAAAAGAACAAAGUAGCUUUGAAGGGUCCUCUGGCUACACCAAUUGGGAAAGGCCAUGUCUCUCUUAACUUGACCCUGCGUAGAACCUUCAACCUUUUCGCCAACGUUCGACCCUGCCGUUCUAUUGCUGGCUACAAGACCCCAUACGACAAUGUUGAUACGGUCCUGAUUCGAGAGAACACAGAAGGAGAGUACUCUGGCAUCGAACACGUUGUGGUAGAUGGUGUCGUCCAAAGUAUCAAGCUUAUCACAAGGGAAGCUAGUGAGCGAGUCCUCCGAUUCGCAUUCCAAUACGCCGAGGAUGUUGGAAGACUAAAGGUCCGUGCUGUCCACAAGGCUACCAUCAUGAAAAUGAGUGAUGGUCUUUUCUUGGGAACCGCCGAACGUGUAUCCAAGGAUUUCCCAAGCGUCGAAUUUGAUGCUGAGCUUCUUGACAACACAUGCUUGAAGAUCGUUACCGACCCUACUCCAUACAACGACAAGGUCUUGGUUAUGCCUAACCUUUACGGAGACAUUCUUUCAGACAUGUGCGCUGGUCUUAUCGGUGGUCUUGGUCUUACUCCCUCUGGCAACAUUGGAGAUGAAUGCUCAAUCUUCGAGGCUGUGCACGGAUCCGCACCAGAUAUUGCUGGCAAAGCCCUAGCAAACCCAACUGCCCUUCUUCUCAGCUCAAUCAUGAUGUUGAGACAUAUGGGCCUCACAGACCACGCACAACGAAUUGAGACUGCUAUCUUCGAUACCCUAGCGGAAGGAAAGUCAUUGACUGGAGAUUUGGGAGGAAAGGCGAAGACACACGAGUAUGCCGGUGCUAUCAUCAAGCGUUUGUAGAUAUACCCUCCGUUUGGAGAUGUAGACUGUACGAUUCAUAAAUGCAUAGUAUGAUUAAAUGAACAAAAGGAUGAUUCAGUGAGCUUUAAGGUAGUACGG